AAAGAAAAUGUAUAUAUAGUAGAAAGUUGUUUAUUUAAAUUUCACAAGCAAAGACGCAUUGGAGGAGUCUGCUCUUGUUCUUUUUUUUCUUCUUCUUGUUGGCAGAAACGAUUGACUGGUUUCACAGUUCUUGUCUCUAUUUCUGAUCAACCAUGGCUAAGAAAUCAGUAAAGUAUUUCGUGGUGGAUGCAUUCACUGACUCAGCGUUCAAGGGAAAUCCUGCAGCUGUUUGUUUAUUAGAGGAAGAAAGGGAUGAUAAAUGGUUGGCUGAUUUAGCCGCUGAGUUGAAUAUUUGCCAGACCUGUUAUUUGAUUCCUGUAAACGAAGAAGAAAAAGAAGAAAUUGAUGAUUCAAUUAAUCCACCCAAAUUUAGACUCAGAUGGUUCAAUCCUGUUGAUGAGGUAAAGCAGCUUUGUGGUCAUGCAACGUUGGCAGCUGCACACAUACUUUUUUCAACUGGUUUGGUAAAUUCAAAUAUUAUUGAGUUUUCCACACUUUCAGGAAUUCUAACUGCUAAAAAGGUUCCAGAUGUCAAGCUUCUUGAGGUUUCAAGUAAUGCUCUUCUUAAUAGUGGUGAAUCACAAGACAGUUACUUCAUUGAAAUGGAUUUCCCAGCUAUUCCUACUGUUGAACUCAAUUCUGCUGUUGAUGUUUCUUUAAUCUCCAAAGCUUUGAAUGGUGCUUCUAUAGUUGACAUUAAGACGUGUAACAUGAAACCCAAUAGACUCUUGGUUGUUCUUCCAUCAGAAAAAGAUGUUGUAGAUUUUCAACCUAAUUAUGACGAGAUACGAAAGUGUCCUGGAUCUGGGUUAAUCAUAAGUGGAUUAGCCCCUGCUGAGUCGAAAUUUGACUUCUAUACUCGACACUUCGCUCCCAAAGUAGGGAUCGACGAGGAUCCUGUUUGUGGAAGUGCACAUUGUGCGUUGGCAGUCUACUGGGCCAAUAAGUUGGGCAAAUCUGAUUUUGUUGCUUUUAUGGCAUCACCAAGGAGUGGAAUAUUACACAUUCAUCUUGACGACGAAAAACAAAGGGUUAUGUUGCGAGGGAAAGCUAUUACUACGGUGGAAGGUUUUGUUUUGGUUUAAAAUUUGAUGUUCAAACUAUAUGGUUAAAAUAAAAACUUUUAAUAAGAACUGUUAGCUAUUCAAUAAUGAUAUAUAUGAUAUCGCUACCUGCAUUAUCUAA